AUGACAUUCCAACAAAUUGACCUGACUACCGCAUUGCGGCCGUCUUUACUACCUGAUGAGACACUGCUGUUUGUCCAGGACUCUGUCGGUUUAUACGAGGGAAAAUACAAACUUUCCGCCUAUCAAAAUGGCCAUGCCUAUCUAACCUCGCACCGAGCCUGUUAUGUCGAUAAUGAGGAACCACGAAAGUAUUCUGUGGGAAUUCAGCUGAAAGAUGUUGAUCGCUUUGAGUUCUACGCCGGGUUCCUUAAGUCUUCUCCAAAAAUAACUCUACACCUCAAACCCUCUAGAUUAGCAACACAGUACGCCCAGUCGCCAACCGCCAACCUUCCUUUUAGAAGCGCUUCAGCAAGCCCAGUCUCCCGCAGUGACUCUUCGCUCCGGCCACCGCCGCCACCGCCUCCCUCAGUCAGCAAUGCGACCUGGAUCUGUCCCAUCUGUUCCUUCUCGAAUCCUGUUCCAUCUAAUUUCGAUCCAGCAAUCGCGAACAUCCAUACGCCGCUUCCGCCAUGUCUUGCAUGUGGGAUCAAGCCUCCGCUUCUACAUGUUAUCAAAGCAGCCAUUGCAAGCGCAUCAAAUCGGUCAUCACUUAACUCACAGACACCAGCGUCCCAGGCUGCUCCAGCGUUGGAAACAUCUAUAGGGGCACCGGCUCCAGUUCUGAGGGAUGCUCGGACAGGGGAUUCACCUUCGUAUUCAAACUCCCACUCCGCUAUCGCUUGCCCGCGGUGUACAUUUCAUAACCACCCAUCCCUCGUGAAUUGCGAAAUAUGCGGCGCGUCCCUUGUGUCGGUGCAUACAACAACACAAUCGUUGUUGGAGGAUGGCCCUGUUCGCGUUGACUCGCCCGGACCAUCGCUCAAGCCAGGAAGCACAAAAAUAGGCACAUCGGCAGACAGCAUCAAAUUCUCAUUUCGUGCGGGAGGGGAAAAAAUAUUCUUGGAGCGGCUCAAGAGCGCCAUGGUACAACGCAAAUGGCUAUUACAAGGGGCGCCGCCAAUACCUAGGCCGGUUCAUCGCGCAGAAGAGGGCGCAGCGGAGCCAUCAGGCAGAACCUUUCCGCCUGCAGUGCAAAGGAAUGUGGGGAUUGCGGCUCUGGAAAGACGUGGCCAAGAAAUCCGCAAGAAUAACGAACUGGUUAUUGGGAAUGCUUUUGAAGAUUUGGAGGCUUUGAUGACAUCGGCUAAAGAAAUUGUGGCGUUGGCAGAGUCAUUUGCUUCGCAAGCACGGAGUUCGAACGACACAAAUUCAUCGGAAGCGGAUGCUCUCCUCUCUCAAUCUGCGAGCGCCCUCGGCCUGGUCACGACUAGAGAUAUGCUGGGGUCUGGCAGCAAUUCAGAAUCUUUAUACAUUUCUGAACUAUCAAGGAACCUAGCCGAGUUUCUCACGGAUGAUGCGAGAGGAGUGUUACGACGCGAAGGGGGCAUGAUGAGUCUCGUGGACCUGUGGGCCCUUUUCAACCGCGCUCGAGGCGGAGUAGAAUUGGUCAGCCCUCUGGACUUUGAAAAGGCUGCCCAGCUGUGGGAAAAGCUCAAGUUGCCCGUACGGCUACGGACGUUCCGAAGUGGGUUGCUGGUAGUGCAAGGGCGAGACUGGAACGACGACAAGAUUAUCGACAGUAUCGUUGCAUGGCUCCACCAAUCUGCUCUUGAUGCAUUCUCACCUGAGCUUCAAUGGGACAGGCAGCUGUUUGGUAGAGGUGUCACUGCCUCCGAGACAGCUGAGCGAUUUGGAUGGAGUGUUGGCGUUGCGACGGAGGAGUUGGAAAUGGCAGAAGAGCGAGGCGCGUUAUGCCGGGAGGAGAGCGUUGAAGGUGUCAAAUUUUGGGAAAAUGCAUUUAUGAAGCAUGUCUAGCAUUGGACGGAUGCUUCUUCUUUUGAUUCAUAUAGAGCUACUGUACUCUAUCGAAUUGUUGUAUUGAGAUAUACUCUUUUGUUUAAGCAUAUGGCCUGGAUAUACCCUAUAUAAACAAAUUCCAGUUUUAUAUCUACACC